GAGCGUUUCACACAGUGCUCUACGAAGUCGAAGAAGUGAACGGCAUUCAGCUCGGCAACCGUCGCGGGCCCUUCCGGUUUGUACUGUAUACCUAUAAAACAAGCCGAAGCAACCUUUAAUAUAUUCUUAAAUACAAGCGCGUAUGUGCCAUGCCAACCUGAUCUACACGCACGCCUUUACAAAGAAGACACCGAAGACGCUUGGAGAAGCGAUUCCUGUCGGAAGUUAGUUUGUGGUUACUUUUGUAACUUGGAGACGCCAAGACUGGAGAUCCUCGCCAGUGUCUCGAUAAAAGCAAUUGACCUGAGAUGUCUGUCAGCAACCACGAGAAUCGGAAGUCGAGAUCGAGCUCCGGGUCGAUGAACAUCCAGCUGUUCCACAAGUCCUCGCACGCGGACAGCCUGUUGACGCAGCUCAACCUCUUGCGGAAGCGCUGCCUCUUCACGGACGUGGCCCUGCGGGCUGGGAGCCAGACCUUCCACUGCCACCGUGCGGUGCUGGCCUCCUGCAGCCGCUACUUCGAUGCCAUGUUCAGCGGCGGGCUCAAGGAGAGCCGGGAUGCCGAGGUGAACUUCCACGACUCCCUGCACCCGGAGGUCCUGGAGCUGCUGCUGGACUACGCCUACUCGGCCCGGGUCCUCAUCAAUGAGGAGAACGCAGAGUCUCUCCUGGAAGCCGGAGACAUGCUCCAGUUCCACGACAUCCGGGACGCCUGCGCCGAGUUCCUGGAGAAGAACCUGCACCCCAGCAACUGCCUGGGGAUGAUGCUGCUCUCGGACGCCCAUCGCUGCGAGCGCCUCUUCGAGCUCUCCUGGAGGAUGUGCCUGGCCAACUUCACCUCCCUCUUCAAGACCGAAGACUUCCUCGGCCUCCCCAAGGACAAGUUCCUGGAGCUGAUCCUGAGCGAGGAGCUGGAGGUGGAGGAUGAGAUCCUGGUGUACGAGGCGGUCAUCGACUGGGUGAAGUACGACCUGGGGCGGCGGCACGAGGACCUCCCGGAGCUGCUGCGCUGCGUGCGGCUGGCCCUGCUGCCUGAGUCAUACCUUCUGAAGAAUGUGGCCUCCGAAGAGCUGGUGGUCGGCCACAAGCUGGGCCUGGAGAUCGUGGAAGACGCCGUCAGGUGCAAGAUGAGGAUCUUGCAGAACGACGGGGUGGUGACUGGGUUUUGCGCCCGCCCCCGCAAGGUCAACCAGGCGCUCCUGCUUCUGGGCGGCCAGACCUUCAUGUGCGAUAAGGUGUACAUGAUUGACCGCAAGACCAAUGAGAUCACCCCCAAGACGGACAUCCCCAGCCCACGCAAAGAGUGCAGCGCCUGCGCGAUCGGCUGCAAGGUGUACGUGACCGGCGGCAGGGGCUCUGAGAACGGGGCUUCCAAAGACGUGUGGGUGUACGACACCCUCCAUGACGAGUGGUCCAAAGCUGCGCAAAUGUUGGUGGCCAGGUUUGGCCACGGAUCAGCUGAGCUAGAUCACAUGUUGUACGUGGUUGGCGGCCACACUGCCGUGGCUGGCUCGUUCCCUGCCUCCCCGUCCGUGUCCCUCAAACAAGUGGAGCAGUACGACCCGCAGACCAACAAGUGGACCCUUGUGGCACCUCUCAGGGAGGGCGUCAGCAACGCUGCCGUGGUCGGGGCCAAAAUGAAACUCUUUGUCUUCGGUGGCACCAGCGUCAACCGGGACAGGCUGCCCAAAGUCCAGUGCUUUGACCCUUGCGAGAAUCGGUGGACGGUGCCAACUUGUUGCCCUCAGCCUUGGCGGUACACCGCUGCGGCCAGCCUAGGAAACCACAUCAUAGUGAUUGGAGGGGACACCGAAUUCUCAGCCAGCUCAGCCUACCGCUUCAACAGCGAGACGUACCAGUGGUCAAAAUUUGGCGACGUCAUGGCCAAGAGGAUAAGCUGCCACGCAGUGGCAUCGGGGAACAGACUAUAUGUAGUGGGUGGUUAUUUCGGGGCCCAGCGCUGUAAAACAUUGGACUGCUAUGAUCCCUCUACAGACACUUGGGACAGUGUCACCACCGUGCCGUACUCUCUCAUCCCCACUGCUUUCGUCAGCACUUGGAAAUACCUCUCUUCCUAGAGCAUUGGGAGGACACAGUGUGUGGAAGAACUUUAUUGCCAGAGAUGUCUGGAAAUUGACGGUGUGUCUUGCUGUCCUCCUGCAAUGUGAAAACACCAGAUCAGAGACAAGCGGACUGGACGUUCUGAAGACUGUGGCCCAGUGACGGUGGACACUGAAGCACUUUGGUCUUGGUUCUGUGUAGACCCUGUGUACAAGGGGCUUUGUGAUGUCCAAUGGAAUGUUCUGCAAACUUCUGUAUUGGACUUUACGCAAUAUGCAUACUCUUGUCGCUCCGUGUAAAUUAAGUGAGACUGUUUGGGGAUUUCCCACAGCAGUUUUUCUUUUUAAUUAUUAAUAAAACUGUUUUCAAACCCUGCAGCAGAUGGUCUUUUAUAUAUACUGUCUUUAGUUUGCAAAGGGGACACAAACUGUGCUUUUUCAAGAGCGCUUUGCUUGCUAACACAGAACAGUUAGAAAUGCUACAGUAUAGAAAUACAGGUUUGUUUUUAGUUUAUUUCAGUACACCGGAGUAAUGUACUGGGUAAGACUUGAGUUCAUUAAAGUUUUAUGUAACAGAAGUUAAGUCCAAUGCAGAGCAGUUGAAGCUGUUCCAUUUCAACUCCGGUGUGUCUAAUUUAAUGAAGCUCAUAGUAAAGAACGGAAUUGCUCAUACUGCUGUGCAAAGGGAGUCUUGUUUUCAACUGAUGUACUUUCUGUAGUUUUUUGUGAAGUUGUUAAUUUUAUUUUUAUUUUUUUCUGCUGAAUUUGCUGUGCAAAGACUGAACUUUGAAAGAUGUAAUUUUAUUAUUUAAUUUUUGUAUUAUUAUUGUGUAGGUCAGGUGAUUUGUCGCUACAUUCUCAGGGUAUAUAUUAUUGCCCCCACCCAAAUGUAAUAAAUAAGGUGAAAAUGGUGGCUAUAAAUAUUCAUUUUGUAUUUAUUGGACUAUUUAUUUUCCUUGUGCAUGUUAACAUGUAUCCCCCCCUUUUCCACACUAAAAUAAAGUAUUCUUGUAAAUUCAUAAUUUUUGAUUAUUGGAAUAUGUAUCUUAAACUACAGAUGAAAGGACAAAGCAUGUCAGGUCUAUGUUUCAAACAUGUUCCCUGUUCAAAUAAACCAUCCAGGACUCAAGCCGGUAAUUCUGUAACUAGACCUGGUAAACCUGAACCAAUUAAAUGUCAGUUCAGUGAUGGAAAUAAGACUCCCACUGCAUAGUGGUUUGAUUCUUUCCUGGGUUAGCUAUACGUUUUUUUCAGACAGAACAGAGCUUGUUACCAACCUUAUACACUGUGGCUAAUCAGGCACGCAUUAAAACCUGGAAUGGUUGAAACUGCUAUGCAGUGGAGUCUUAUUUCCAUCCCUGAAGUUUAUGGCACCGCCAUAGUUCUGCUCUAAUUUUGAUUGUAUCUAAGCCCUGAUGUACAGCAUCUUUUUUUGUGUUUUUUUUUUGCAAAUGUCAUUAAUCCUGAGGUCUAAUGUAAUAUAAAGAAAAUGUUAUUCAAUAAAUGUUUGUCUUUUUGUAUAUAAAACUGCAGAUGUUUUAUUUCUUUUAUUAAAAUUAUUUUGUAUUGUU